AUGUUUGCCCAAAUAUGGAAAUGUAAAGCAAUAUUGGGAUAUCUUUCUGACGAUAAAUGUACAAUUUGUUUAGACGACGAAUCAUCAGAUCUUAAUAUUGUUGAAUUACUUACAGCAUCAGAUGAAUUAGUUCUUACAGAUCUCGUAGAUUAUAUUCAAGAACAUAUUAUUAGUUUGAAUAAAGAAUGGAUUCCAAAAUUUACACUUGAUUCAACAAUUAUUUCUUUCGAACAAUCUUUGAUGAUUUCAAGUUGGAUAGACCUUAAAGAAGGUACAUUAAUGUAUACAUCACAACAAGAAAAUCCUUAUAAUUUAUUACUUCUUUUACGUGGGAGUCGUCAUGGUUUUGGUGUAGAAGAAUUUCGUGAAAAGGUAUUUAAUCAAGGUCCGACUAUUAUUGUUAUUCAUAUAGCAGGAUCAAAAGAUAUAAUUGGUGGUUAUAAUCCUUUGGAUUGGACUGGUUCAAACAAAUUUAACCAGUCAUCUGAAAGUUUUAUAUUUUCUUUUCGUUCUGAUAAGAGAUCUUCCAUUACUACUUUAAGUAGAGUCAUUAAAGAAAAAAGUGCCAUUUCUGAUGAUGAUGGCCAUUUUAUUGGUUUUGGUCAUGGUGAUCUAAAAGUCUUUCAAGGUGUUUGUCAAAGAAAAGAUUAUAUGUGUCCUAUUCAUGAAUCACCAUCUUUUCAAAUAUUUGAUUAUGAAGUUUUUAAAGUUGUAAAGAAAGAAUUUUAG